AUGGGACACCCCCUGCCCCGCACAGCCCUGAACUGGAUGCUGCUGCUGUCGCUGCUGGGAGCCUGGGCAGGACUCUGCACAGCGCAGGGCUCCAAGGUCCUGGAGGGGCAGGAGUGCGAGGCCCAUUCGCAGCCGUGGCAGACUGCCUUGUUCCAGGGCGGGCGCCUCAUCUGUGGGGGCGUCCUGGUGGGCGCUGGCUGGGUCCUCACGGCUGCCCACUGCAAAAAACCGAAGUACAUGGUGCGUCUCGGAGACCACAGCCUGCAGAGCAAGGACGAGCCGGAGCAAGCCAUGUCGGUGGCUCAGUCCAUCCAGCACCCCUGCUACAACAGCAGCAACGUGGAGGACCACAGCCACGACCUGAUGCUCGUCCGGCUUGGGCGACAGGCGUCCCUCGGGGCCAAGGUGAAGCCCAUUCAGCUGGCUGACCGCUGUGCCCAGGUUGGCCAGACAUGCACCAUCUCCGGCUGGGGCACCGUCACCAGCCCCCGAGAGAACUUCCCCGACACCCUCAACUGCGCCCAAGUGCAGAUCUUCUCCCAGAAGCAGUGCGAGCGCGCCUACCCGGGCAAGGUCGGUGAGGGCAUGGUCUGUGCAGGCAACAGCAACGGCGCCGACACAUGCCAGGGCGAUUCCGGAGGCCCUUUGGUGUGCGACGGCAGGCUCCAGGGUAUCACAUCCUGGGGCUCCGACCCCUGUGGGCGACCCGAGAAACCCGGCGUCUACACCAACAUCUGCCGCUACCGGGACUGGAUCAUCAAGACAAUGGGCAGCGGCCUGGGUCCCGCGGAAUAA